AAUAAGGGCUAUUUGCAUGACGCAUCUUCCAUGAAAGACACACGUACUCGUAGCUGGACGGCAGCGAGCAUCCCCAGGAAACUAGUAAUCACAUCGUGAGCUGAGCCUUAGCGAGCGUAGCGUCUGCUCAUAUAUCACAGAAUUUUGCCUACAAUUGUGGCAUUGUGCUGGUGUUUCGUGCGUAGUGUCCCUGUGUCAUUGUAAAAUUGGGCAAAACGAACAGAGACGCAGCUCGCUGUGGCUACAUGGCUCUCUACUGCAUUUCAAAGACACAGGAUCCAAAGUUGCGAUUGACAGAAAAUGAAAGCAUUUUUCAUGUCAGGUGUCAGACACGCACCUCUGUGUUGUCUUCAAUCACAAAUGUUUGGCCUUAUAAACACACCGCGCGAUCUAGAACGCUCGUUCGUCUCUGCUGAAGGACUUCUUUACGCGCCAUACAAUGCCUCCGCAAGGUCACUCUGAGAAAGCCGCUGAAGUUUCCCUGUACAAACGGGGUUUCCAGCCUCGAUGAAUUUGGGACGCCUCCUCUUCUCUCUGAGAAUUCUCGUCCAUGGGGGUUCUGCGAGUUCGGUCAUUCCCGCUUCAACAGAGGACCAUGGUCUUUCGGGCGACGAGGGAGCCGUUUCGGCUUCCCUUGGUACCAGCGUUUAUUGCUUUGUUCUUGUUAAAGGGUGUAACUUGUCAACUGCAGUUGGGUACGAGCACCUUGCAGAAGAAUAUGUGGACUACGGUGAAGUUUGACGAGCCCAUGAUAGACCCAGUCGUUUUCGUGUCACCACCUGAGGUUCCGACGAACAGUUUUGCUUUGGUACUGAUUGGAGGAGUCACGGCGUCAGGCUUUCGCGCGCGUGUCUACUUCCCGUCAUGUGAAUAUUCGCCCAGCGGCGGGACACUGUACGCCGUGCGAUGGCUUGCCGUGGAAGCGACGUCAGCCGGAUACUAUGACAGCUCCAACAGACAAACAAUUGACUGGACAGCACACGCAGUGACCCUCGCUUCAUCAGGCACAAUCCCCGCCGGCUACGUAUGGUCGCAGUCGUUUUCUGCAUGGGAGGAUAGACCGGGUACUCCAGGCGUCCUGAUUGGCGUGCAGAACCACAGGGAAAUGAUUUCAGCAAUGUACUCGUCGUCGGAAUACCUGAACCCAUUAGUCAUCAACAGCAACAGCGGAGGGACCUUGACGUUUUCUUUCCUACGUCAGAUUAGUCAUCGGAUAGGCUUCACGUUAAAAGUUGGCAUAUUCCAGUAUGAUGCGAGGCGAGGAGCAGUUAUCAAUGGAGUCAAUCUCGUGGCCCAGAGAUAUGAUUUGAAAGUGAAUGAAGUAUUGCCGGUUGCAGACGUGGUAGCUGGCGGUACGACCCCUGCAACGUUUGCAGUCCAGUGGGUAACGCCGACCGAGGCGCCCUUGGCCCUGGUGGUUAAACCAAAACUCUUACCAGACGGCAGUUACUCCGAGAGUCUGGUCGCCGUUGAAGACUGCAGAAAAGGAGCAACCUACGAACCUCACGCAUUCGACGUCACACACGCGUUUACAGGCAAUCCGGCUUCCACCGCUCAUCGAAUCAACGGGGGUCCAAACUGCUUCAGGCCAUCGGCGAGCGUUCCCACUUGGCUUACCGAACCGUGCAAAUUGGCUUGCGAGAGCUUGUGGACUGCCAACUCUGAUGACUACUGGAACUGUGACGACGUAAACGCUUGCUUUGAGACUGAUUUCCGGUCGGCGGAGACGCUGAUGGCCCUUCCACAAAUUGACGAGAGCAUUGCAGAAGUGCUUGUAACGUCGUGCAACUUCGCGACAAGGACCGCAGAUCUGAUAAAGCAAUACGAGUAUGCGGUGAACCUGAAAGUUGACGAUAUUGCUAUUGGCACCAUGUGGAGUACGUCGUCUCACUGCGGAGGCGACAAGAUGGAGGUUGAGAUUGUCGGCGCUUUCUACGAGAAGCUGGGUGUCUCGAUUUUAACGGGCUCCACAUGCGAAGUUCAAGAUGUUAGCAGGGAGGUAGAGGCGCUGUGCAAAGCUGAAGGAGGAAUUGGAUGUUCUAUAAGUGGUGCACAAAUCUAUGAACUCAUAAUGAAUUAUCCGGGCGUCUGCUUCGCUCUGGAGGAUGCAGAAUUGCAAAUCUUCUUCAACUGCACCUUUGCUUCAACUUCGCCUUUUGACUGCGAGCUGUACGAAUCCAAGGGAUUUGAUCAAGAAAACGGUGACUGCAUGUGUCCGAACGCCUUGGCCGCGUGCACGCGGGAGGAGGCCACAUUCAAGAGCGGCUGGUUACAGAACCUUAAUAAAUCAUAUCAGUAUAUGCUGCACGGCCAGAUCCGCUACGUGGCCAAAAGCUCAGUCUUCCAAGCUUUCUAUGAAGCGCCAGAAACGUCAAGUGCCGGGGACAAUACGCUGUGUGCUCGGAUGAACACCAUUGUUGUUUGCAAGAAUCCCACGCCAGUGUCCGCAGUCGUGGGCAACCGCGGUCCUAACUGCUACGUAAUAGAGCAUGGCUCCCAAUACUGCCAUCUGCCGUGUUUGACGGCGUGGGACGCGUUUCUUGCUGCCAAGGACUUGCCACAACAAUCGGACUACCAAGCAGAGUUUGAACGCUUCUGGCUCAGCUUCGAUUUCCCUGCCAUUCCUCCUCACACCAGCCAAAGCUUGUUGGAGCAGUUACAGCGUUGCCGCUUUGCUACACGGCCAGCUACAGCUCCUCUGCAACAAUAUGAGGAUGAGAUCGACGUGCAACUCCCGGACUACGGAGCGGUGAUUAUUCCGCUCGGCUGUGACAAGCUGCACCAUCGAGAGGUGGUUCAGGCAUUGGUCGGAUCAGCUUCGUCCAUCAUGUUGGGCGUUCAUGAGCCAGGUUGCCGCUAUGAAGACGCCACAGAGACAGUUCAGAGAGAGUGUAAAGCUGCCGUGUCUGCGCGCAAAACCACAUGUGAAAUUGAUAGCUCCCUGUUCACUUCCAAAGACAUCCUGUGCAACACGUCAACCAUCAAGCUCAUCAUUAGAGGGACUUGUAUUCCAGGGCCCUACUUGCCAACAGACUACACAUGUGCACUGUACCCCACCACGGGGGUAGUCAGCCGUGACGGCAGAUCUUGCACAUGUCCAAAUAGUGCAUAUCCCUGCACAUAUGAAGAAGGCCAACUAACAGCUUCGAGAUGGAAGAAUGAAGUCAAUACUGGAGCAACUGUCAGUUUGGCCAACAGCGUUGUCUGGACGGCGCCUCCUGGGACCUCAGAGUAUACGUACACGCAUACAGAUGCUUAUGACUAUGUCUGCUCCACCGACGAGCAUCACUUUGUUCUUUGCAAAGAUUUGACGCCGAGUGCACUUCCACUUACUGAAAGAGAACCACACUGCCUCAACAGCUUUUCUGUGAAGCCGGAUGCCUCGACAGUUGACGACCGGGAUUGCCAAGAUCAGUGCGCGAGUCUGUUUGCCACCAGAUGCAGGCAGUCGUUCUAUAAGUGGUUGUGCGUGGCCCAGGGGCUACCGGAAUGCUACAUUCCGAACACGGAUUCUUUCACAUGUCAAAUCGACACCAAUCCCUCUGCGUACAACUAUUCGUACGGCUCGUGCGGCUGCUCCGGGGCGUACCCGCCGUGUUCGCGCAACGAAGCCAAUGCCACCAGGCUUGACUGGAUUACGGCCUUCAGAGCUCUAAGCCACAAGAAGGGCGUUGUGGUGGCCAGAGGGAAGCAGGCGCUUUGGACUGAAAACCCAGACAGAUGGCGAUACGAAAAUGGCAUGCUCCAGGGAGGUGGCUGCUUGAACAAUUCUUGGUUUGUUGGAGUGUUCUGUGGAGCGCAUUUGUCGGUCACGCCACCCGCGAGAGGAGAUGUUCUACCAAUUUGUUCGAGCGCUGCGAAGGUCGAAAACCCUGACACUCCGCAUCCUGCCUGUCGAGUCCUCUGCGCACAAGUAUUGAACGAAUGCAAAAAGGUUUUCUCUACCACCGAAGGAGCAUCCGCCUAUGCGUCAGUAUUCGACUGUUUCAAGGCCCGCGGAAAAGGAACAACUCUCGACAACUGCACUUACGAACUAGGGCCAGAGAACCGCGCAACAGGAGUUGCUGAGUUGCACACUGGCUGGACAGUCGCCUCGGCGUCGUGGUCGCGAGUUCUUUUCGAUGUAGAGUUCGCUGACCCGCCUGUUGUCUUUUUGGGAAUCCCCAGAGACACCCAACCGUUUUACACGCCAUCUGUGCGAUUAGUGACGAAAACAAGCUUUGAGGUGAAGCUGUACAGAAACAACUGCGGACUCGAUGAUACACGAAGCUCCUCCGCACCAGUAUCCUGGAUGGCGAUUCCCGAAGGUGCCUAUUUGACGGAUUUCGUCGAGAAUCCUGUUCGAGUAAUGAAACUUCCGAUGACAACGCGUACCCCGACGGUUCUGACGUUUUCCCUUCCCGGCUUGAAAGAACCUGAGGAGAUGGUAGCUCUUGCUCAAGUCCAAGACUUGACUCCGACCAGUGUUUCUACAGAUCGCGUCGCAGUUGUGAUUUCAAACCUUAAGACAAACUCCCUGGAACUGUCGCUUGUGGUGGACGAGUCCGUGAAUUUUUCGACUGUUGCUGUCGGGAUCCUCAUCUCGGGCAAGCAAAACCCGGACCUCGCUGCUGGAUUGUCCCCCCUUCUCAAUCGAUACCACCUGCAGACGUUUCGCAUUCCAGCAGCGGCGUAUUCAGCGACAAGCAUUUUAGGUGAAGGUCUCUACUUGUCCGGGGGUAUCAUGCCUCACGUUUUCGCCGCGGCGAUCCAGACGAGAAGCAGGACUAAAGAGUUGGACGAAAGCGAUCGCGUUGUUAUUUCCAGAAGAGCAACGACAACGCCUUCCACGUGGUCAGCCCUGUUGUGGAAGAAGACCUGCGACGCAAAGGACAUGUUUGAAGCGGUUGAGAAUCCCUCUGAUCUUAUCAUCGCUGGUAUUUAUGUUGAAGCUCGCAAAGACGAACCCAGUGCGAUUCUCGGAAACCGGCACGACCUGUGCCUCUCCUUCAUAGGUCAAAGUUUCGAGAGUGGAGUUGUGGCGACAUGCAUGGGAGCUUGUCGGAGUGCACUCCCGGCCUCCGUGCAGCUGCACUGCCAGGAUGAAUGUGCCUUGAACAUCUUUGCUCCUUCGGUUCACACGAAGUGUAUGUCGGACUGCGAAAGUCUGCUGGUGGCGCAGUAUGAAGAAUGUGCUGGUCAGUGCACCGCCACCGGCACCGCUUCUUGUCAAAGGAAGUGCAAGCAGUUCCUCGGAAAUAAAUGUGACAGUACUGCUUCAUCGGACGUGGCGGCUUGCUUGGAGUUCGUCACCCCCCCGUCUGUUUUUGAGCAAUGCACGCUGCUCGUCGAGUACUCUGUCAGCGAGGGCGGGGCGUCCGACGGACUCGAAAUCGAGGAAGAGACAACACCAUCCCAAACGUAUGAGAACUGUAUCAUCGUGGACAUGCGGGAUGGGAGAUUCACAGCCUUUACAGGGUGGGACUCCCGGGUGGCGUCCUGCAAAUGUCCCAACGACUUCCGCGCGUGCACCUCAGAGACAGUCAACACUCAAAACCACUGGCGGACCGAGUUGCUCGCUUCUGCAGGCUUGUGUAAAGAGCAACCAGACGGGAGGUUCAACGCUGUCACGCAACAGUUGUGGUCGACUACAGGCGAUCUCUGUGCCUUGGCAGCUGACGAACAGCAACCUCCAAUCUCCUGGACCAGCAACAUGUUGCCUGCUUAUGUUGACCAAGACGUCGUUCUCGACAACUCCACCAUUCGCAGUGGCGACUACCAGUGCAGAGAAAUCUGGCACUACGUUGUCUGUCCAGCUGCUGCCACGUCAACCACAACUCAGGAGCCGCCGGUACCACCCUUUACAGCAACUCUGAAAACGGCAAUUGUCGGGGAGUGGGGUGAAUGGUCCGCGUGCACGGGAACAUGCUUUUCCCAGUGGUGGACGCCUAAAAGGACGAGAACGCGCUUGGUUUUGGCGGAACUUUCCCACUCGCAAAUUCCAAGUGUAUCGGAAACAGCGACAUGCCUCGACCUUCCGCCUUGCGGGACAGUCUGUUGGGAACGAGAGUGGACGGAGUGGAGUGAAUGCAAGUUGUUCACUAUUGUCAUGGGCCAGGGCCUGGAAUAUUUUCGACAACAAAUCAAACCGAUUUUCGACUUUGUCGAGGAAGCAUGUGGAUUGGAUGAGCACGAGCGAUACGAAAGAUGCGGCGAGGAGCAAAACAACGGGGAGACACCGGCGACCUCCACACUGCAAACAGAUUCGCUGCUAGAGACCAGGUCCUUGACUGUCUCUCGCGGGACGGCUGCGCGCGCAUUGUCGCGGGUGUCGAUGGAUCCGGCCCUUGAGCCUCCCUCUUUUGCCUCUCUCCAUGGAACUCGUUCGCAUGUUCCAGCUUCCAUAGAUGCCAAAAUAAUAGAGAGACGAAAGGGAAUCAUGAGCCGCCGACGCUCUGUCCCUCCGUCGGGGUAUUUGGAGGAAACUGCCGAACAAGUGGCGCGUGGGGGCGAAAGUGAACAAAGCGAGAAGGCGAGCCAAAACGGGAGUAGGAGGCACCGAGCAUCCAGGAAACAGAAGCGAGGCUUGGAGUCCAUAUACUCGGAUGCGAGUGUCCGCGGCAGUGGAGAGUCGACACUGCAUGGAACAGGAACGAACGCGUACAGAGACCAGAUAGAAUGGACAAGCAAAAGUUCUUCGCGUUCGGCAAUACUCGACAGCGGGGCGAGAGGUGCAGAGGCGGGCACUAGCUUACUGCAGAAAGCGCGACGCGCACGGAGAGGAGCUGGGAGAUUUCGGAAGAGUCGAAGCCAAGCACGGAACCAGACCCCCGACAAAUCGUGUUCGGUCGUAUCUGAGUGGUCAGGCUGCGAUUCACCCUGUCUGCCUCACAAGGGCUCGACACCUCGCCGGUAUCGGCUCGCCGUUCCUGGACAGAAUGAGGCAAACUACUGCACGGUACCGUUGAGUGGCAAAGAGCACCUCUGUACCGAUUUGCCGCAGUGUGCUCACCCAAACUUCGACUGUGCGAAGGUUACCGCUUCGCGGUUGACAGACGAGGACAUAGCAGCCUGUAAAGCGGUGUGUGUGGAGGUCGUCAAAACGUGCGAGACGAUGAUGAGCGCAGUGUUCUCUCUCUACACCUCUCUGGAACAAUGCGCACUGGUUCAGUUUCAAGAAUACGAGCAAUUCCCGGGACAGUGCCACAUACCGGAAGAGUAUACCUCGACGCGAAGACCCACCAAGUGUUUCCCCUCGCGCACGAGGAGGCGCGUCGCGAGCGGAGAGUUGCCGUUCAUCUUUCAGGUCUCAACGGCUUCGGGAACUUCGCCGUCAGCCACUUCAGAUGCUGCGUCUUCUGUCGCUGAGUCCUUCGUCUCAACGGGAACGGCCUCAGCUCCCAGCUCGCGGGUUAUGAAUGCACUCGCGUUUGAGGCCUCUGCUUCACAGACUUCCAUCGACUCCUGCGAAUGCUAUGAUCCCGCAGACGAACCGUGCACUGCUCAAGAAGCUCGAGACUCUCUGUUCGAUUCUCUGUACUUGUUCCUAACGCAUCCGCUGUGUGCAGAGUCCCCCGCAGCAGAAGGCGCUUUGUUUACCAUGUCGGAGCCUAACCAGACGGCAGAUGCCGCCUCGUACUUUGCGUUAAGAGGCCUCGGCCGCAUGCACUGUCCCGUGCCUAUGUACAAGUCUUCGACUGAGGUGAAAGGCGUUCUGACACCGAAACGCGUCACUUUCUCCGAAUUCAAGACAAAGGAAGACCUCAACGAGUUUUGCCACAAAGGCCUGAGCAACUGGAGACAAAAUGUGCCACCUGAGAUCAUCGGGAGUGCCAGUUUCCCCAACUGUAUGCUGGUGACGCCGCGCGAAGGUGCGGAGCCACAAGACUGCGCUUUGCUGUGUUCCGAGACAAUGAGCUCCUGUUCAGCCGCGAGCUUGUCUUUCGUCGAAUUGUCACAGUGUGUCCAGGACAAGCUGACCGAAAGCGACUUCUACUCAAAAUGUUCCGCUCCGGAAGUCUUGGCUCCAGGAGAGGGAAUCAUUCUUUGCAAAAAAAAGGUAUCUACCUGCGACUACACUGAAUGGUCAGAAUGGUCAACGUGCACCGCAACCUGCUUUAACUGGGACGAAGGAGUGAUUCCACUGCGUGUCCGGUCUCGCGAUUUUGCCUCGAGUUCAGCAGAGAGCAGGGUGUUGUGCCGGCUCGAGAGUCAAAACGACGCCAUUCAGACUGAGAAAUGCGACUGGAUGCCUGUUUGUCCUGAGGCUGAAAGUGAAGAGGAAGACGAUGCGACGGGUGGCGUCGAACCUAGAGGGGAGCCCAUUGUCCCGCCUUGGUCGCCGGAGAGGCCGACCGACGAAAACAAUCAGGCCAUGGGCAGUGAAGAUAUUGUGCCAGGCACAGUUGAAUGCUACGUUACCAAUAUGGGCACAAUCAUGACUUCGUACUACCGAGGUUACAAUCAAGAGUACCACGGGUGCAAUUGUCCCGGCGGCCGGCGGCCAUGCACCCGCGCAGAGGCUGUGGCCUCUCUCGAUUUGUGGGCAAAGGACUCAGGAGGUCUUUGCGACCAAGACAUGGCAACAAUGAUUUCCGCCGCAGAGGGUGAAGCGUUUUUCUGUGCGACCGGAAGCUUCGGAAAAAUCGAUACCUCUUUGUCGGAGUCAUCCUGCGCCUCGUCGGAAUAUCAAUACGUUUUAUGUGAAGGUCACCCGUACGAGGGCAUAGCGAACCUGACGACGUGGGUGAUUUGCCUGCUUCUGGGUGUCGGCGGAGGCAUCUGUUUCGUCCUUUCCUGUGUGCAGUACAGCAGCGACAUCCAGAAACUGUUGGGGUUGGCGGGGAGCUACCCUGUCCUGGUUCAGAAUGUCACAGAGCUACAAGAGCGUGAAAGCCAUAAACUUCGGCGUCAGGGGAAUAUUUCAGCAACUUCGGAACACUCGGACGCUCAUGCACCGUCUCUCUCAGACUCUGGCUGGGACAUGGACGGCAACCAAUCAGCAGGCUCUGCAUUCCCAGAGGAGGAACCGUGGCAAUUUGAAGAUCACGAUGAAGAACCAUUGCUCAGUACGAGGAAAUACUCAAGGAAUUCGGGCUCGGCUGAGAUUCCUGAACCCUCAGAGAUAGGGCAGACGUCCCCCACGCAACAAAGAGUCCCGCGAGCCUCUUUGGCUGCACAGCGAAGCACAUGCCAGCUGUCGUCGAGACUGGGACAGGCGAAUUCGCCUGAGCAAAGCUUAGAGCGAAGAAGCUUGAAGUUACGGGAUUCCCACGCCGACGUCGAACUGCAACGCACACUUCGGAAAGAAAUGAAGGGAAACCAGGUGUGGGACAAGACGGUAUGACAUCUCUUAAACAGUCCACUUGGGUGGACGUGUCCAGCAACCACACACACGUCGAUUCGGUGUCGCGGAACUGGAAUCAUCUUCAUUUUCCUAGGCACUAUGUCUCGCCUUGGCGAAUCACCAAGGUGACACCACGCAGGAUUGUUUCUCAACGUUCUCGUCCUGUGAAAACUCUGCUUCUGCCACUUUCGGUCAAUCACUCCACCUCCGGAGCUUGUCACACCGCCGCAGUACCCGAACAAAGAAACGCACAUCUCAAUCUGCCGGUCUGUCAGUGAACCUUUCUCUAUACACACAUGCUCUAUCGAGACUGCCCUUGAUUUCAGGUUUUUCAUCUCUUCUAUGUCAUUUCAUGUUGUCUACGGCGUUACGACGCUUCGUCCAUCCCGUUUUCCGGACAUGACUCAGUUUUUCGCACCAAAUGAAGUAAAGUGCGUUUCUGCAGAUUCGUACGCGAUACACGUGCUACAAAAGCCUAACAGCGUGCGUCCACCGAGAACGGAUGCCGGUCGGUUAUCAAAAAAGGUGUGAC